AUGGCCGUUGGUUUUGCUGUCGUCGACGCCCGGCAGUACGGCGGCAGGGUCACCGCGUUCGUGGCGCUGUCCUGCGUCACGGCGGCCAUGGGCGGCGCCAUCUUCGGCUGCGACAUCAGCACGGCGGGCGGCGUGUCGUCCAUGGACGCGUUCCUGCAGGAGUUCUUCCCGGACGUGUACCGCCGGUUGAAAUGCGCCGCGGGCGUCAGCAACUACUGCAAGUUUGACAGCCAGCUGCUGACGCUCUUCACGUCGUCGCUCUACAUCACUGGGCUCCUCACCGCGGCUGUGCCGUUGUACCUGUCUGAAAUGGCCCCGGCACGUUACCGAGGGAUGUUCAGCAACGGCUUCCAGUUCAGCCUUUGUCUAGGAGCUCUCCUCGCGACGGUCGUCAACUACGGCGCCGAGAAGAUCACGGGUGGCUGGGGCUGGAGGCUCUCGCUGGGCCUCGCCGGCGUCCCUGCAGCGCUGCUCACCGUCGGCGCCAUCUUCCUGCCGGAGACUCCCCAGAGCCUCGUCCAGCAAGGCAGAGACCGCGGGGAGGUGAGAGCGUUGCUGCAGAAGAUCAGAGGAACCGACGACGUCGACCAAAAGCUGGACGACAUCGUCGCAGCCAACGCUGUAGCGCAGCAGGGCGACAAUGGCUUGCGGCUGAUCCUGACGCACCGCCGUUACCGCCCGCAGCUGGCCAUGGCCGUCCUGAUACCGUCGUUCACGCAGCUGACGGGGAUCAAUGCCAUCGGGUUCUACGCGCCGGUGCUGCUGCGCAGCAUCGGCAUGGGCGAGAGCGCGUCUCUCCUCUCCACCAUCGUCCUGGUCAUCGUCUCCUCCGCCGCGACGUUCACCUCCCUGUUCGCGGCCGACCGCUUCGGCAGGCGGACGCUGCUCCUCGCCGGCGGCGCGCUGAUGCUCGUGUGCGAGGCGCUCAUCGGCGUACGGGCUGAAGCUCGGCGACGAGGCGGCCUGAGCAGGGCGUACUCGCUGGCGCUCCUCCUGCUCAUAGGCGUCUACUCCGCGGCAUUCGGCUGCUCCUGGGGCCCGCUGAGCUGGCUGGUGCCCAGCGAGAUCUUCCCGCUGGAGGUCCGGUCGGCCGGGCAGAGCAUCACGGUGGCAUCGGGCUUCGUGUUCACCGUCUUCGUCGCGCAGUACUUCCUCGCAAUGCUCUGCCGGAUGAAGGCGUGGCUCUUCUUCUUCUUCGCCGGGUGGAUCGUGGUCAUGACGGCGUUCGUGUACCUCUUCUUGCCGGAGACCAAGAGGCUGCCCAUCGAGCACAUUGACAAGGUGUGGGCGGAGCACUGGUUCUGGAAGAAGGUUAUAGGAGCCAAUGAAGAUGAGGCAAGUGCCAAGCUGUAA